AUGUUUUACGAUGUCAACCGAUUUCAUUUAUGCGCUUUCAUUACUUGGCAACUCGUCAAUUUUGCUGUAGGUCAAUAUAUUUUCAACAUUUUUUCAAUUCACGUCCCAAAAUGGAAAUGUGGAGACGGACCGGUGACCAACAACUGCACUAUUUAUCAGAAUUGUCCUAAAAAUGAUCUAUCUUUUGUGGAUCCCGUAUUCAUCUCUGUAGCGAUGGAUUUUGAUUGGGUAUGCGGUUCGUCAGUCUAUUAUCAAUCAUUCUUCUCAUUGAUUCAAUAUUUGGGUGUACUUGUGGGUACUGUCCUGUUUGGAACAUUAUCAGAUAGUUUUGGAAGGAAACCAAUUGGAAUACUUGUCAUAUUUAUAGCAAUUUUUUCAAUUCUUGGCACAGGUUUUGCUCGGAGUCGACAUGUGUUAUUCACAGCAAGAUUCUUCUCCGGUCUGUCAAUUGCUGGAGUUCUUGUUGUCAUCUGUGCAUGGAUCAUGGAAUCUAUAUUAUCACACCAAAGAAUGGUGAUCCGUGGAUUUUUCAACUGGGGAUGGACCAGAGUAUUCAUAACGGCAGUAUGCUUUUUGACUAGAGAGUGGAGAUCCGCGUCCUACGUGUGCGCGGCUUGCCUUCUGCCUGCACUUCUUAUGAUUGUAUUCAUUAUUCCGGAGUCGGCUAUUUGGUUGCAUAGCAAGGGACGAAACACUGAAAUGAUUGAAAGCGAGAUCUUCAUGGCUAGAAUCGCAGGUGUCAUUUAUGAACCAAAGGAACACAAGAUAAUACAAUCCAAGACGUUCAUGGAGACAAUCAAAACCAAGGGACUGUUCCGUAAACUCUCUGUUCUAUGGAUCAUGUGGUUUUUCGUUGCAAUUUGUGGGUUUGCAAAUGAUCUGAAUUCAAAUACACUGGCAGGAAAUUUAUAUUUGAAUCAAGUCUUGUUCGGAAUCCUCUUGGUCUUCUCCAAAAUAGUUUUGUUGUUCGUGGAUUCCAAAUAUGAAAAUUUCAAAAGAAGAUCCCUUCAUCAAGGAUCGCAAGCCGGAAUGAUACUAUGUUUCGCAAUAUUGGCCAUGUUUCUGUACAAUGACUACCAUGGAGUUGGCUUCCUUAUUGUAUACCUUCUGGGUACCAUGUUCAUUGAAUACACCUGGGAUGCUGUCUACCUAUGUGCUAUUGAGUCAAUGGAGACAUCUUCAAGAGCAAGCGCCACUGGAUCUUGUUCUUUAAUGGCCAGAAUUGGAAGCUUGUUGGCUCCUUUCCUUACUUAUGCUAACACCUGGUGGCCACCAGCUGUUUACAUCACUGUUAUUGUUCUAGGAACCAUCAAUCUAUCUAUUUCUUACUUUUUCUUGCAAGAGACAAAAAAUGUGAACUUGGACGAAGUUCAUGUAGAUGAUGAUGAAGAAAAAGUCCCCAUGAUGAGAAGAUAG